UGUGACGUGCUCUCCAAUUCCAUCCAAUUUUUACAAAACUAUUGCCAAACCCAACACAACACCACAAAAGCCCUCUCUUUUUAACCUAUCCCUUUUUCCAUCAAAAUAUAUUUAAUUUCUUUUCCUUAGAUAGUGAUACUUACUUUAUUAUUAUGUCUAUAAGUUUUUGUGGCUCUAUCUUCUGGGUUUCCUCGUUUUCAUGACAUAUUGUCAAUUCACAUAACUCAUAAGUCAUGCCCUCUACUUCUAAGGCAAGACUUUCCCUUUAGAAGAAAAAUCCCAAUUAGUUAAGAUAGGCCUUGAAAAAUAGUGUACCAAUAUCUUUAAACUUAAGUUUCAAGAUAUAGAAGAAACUCAUUCAUUGAUUCACCUUUGUCCUUCAUUUGAAGAAGUUGCAUGGUCCAUCCUUUUGUGGUUUUGAUUUUAGCUUACUCCUAGGUACUACUUAGAUUUCUUGUCGGAUAUAUAUAUAUAUCUCCUUAAUUACUCCGAAGUUUUUCAUAUCCUUCAAUUUUUUGCUUGAUAUGAUGUGAAAUUUUCAUUAGAAAAAAACCAUGUCUAUUGUUAGUUUAUGUGUUACCUUAAGUCUUGUUUUUGGGUUUCUUAUACUCUUGAUAUUUGCACAAAUUUUCUAUUUUUUAUGGUGGAAAAAGAGAAGAACACACAUAGAUAUUGAAAUGGAACAAGGUGGUUUCACAAAAGGGGUGUUUUAUUGGGGGUGUUGGAAGAAAACACCAUGUUCUUUAGAUGUAACAAACACUAGUAGGAACAUAGAAACCUCAAAUCAUGAACAGGACAUAGAAUUGGGUGUUGAAGGCAAAGAUUUGCUUUUGAAACUCUCUGGUGAGGAAAGCUUGGAGCUUGAAUUGAUGAGGUUGCAUAAUCUCCCUGGCCCACCAAGAUUUCUCUUCACAAUCACAGAAGAAACAAAGGAAGAUUUGGAAUCUGAAGAUGGGAAAUCGAAAUGUGGAAGAAGCCGAAAAGGGUCGAGAACUAAGAGUUUGAGUGAUUUUGUUGAAACCCCUUUUGGUUUAUCUCCUUUGAAGUGUUCUGUUGAUUCUAUUUCUCUUGAUUCUUAUAAGCAUCAAGGGUUUAAUAAUCCGCUUUUCGAAGCCUCGGCCGAAUCGGAAUUUAACAGGUUUAGAUCUUCGCCGCCUCCGAAGUUCAAGUUUUUGAGAGAUGCGGAAGAGAAGUUGUAUAGGAGAUUGAUGGAAGAAUCUAGAAGAAAGGAAGUUGAGGAGAGUCAUGAAAAGUCCCCUAAAAGAGAAACAGAAAGGAAGCAGAUUCAGCAGUGUUUGCCACAGAGUUCUUCUCAGGUUCUUCCUUUGACAUCUUCUCCUACAAUGUUCAAAUCACUUGAUAAUUCAUCUAUGGUGCAUUAGGUUCAUAUACAUUUAGGACUCUUUGGUAAUUAUAUUUUUUUUACCUUAUGUUAAAUUAAUUUUGAUUAUGGACCUCUAUUAUGUGUGUUCUUGAAUGAUUGUUAUGGUUAAUAUGCUGCAAAUUUGAUCAUGGUUUGCCAACAUAUAGAAUGCAUAGAGACAUGUUCCUCAAAAUGGUUCUAAAGAUACUAGUUAGUUAUGAUUUAAAUUGUGAUUAUUGCGUGUAAUUGUAAUUGUAGAUUAAAAUUUAGAACUAAUUAGUUAACGAGUUUAUAUGCCCAGAAUUGAUUAUAUUUAAAGAUAGAAUUCAAACAUUGAAAAAUACACUUUGAAUUCUAAAAUUCAAAACAA